AGCUGCGUAUCACUCUGAUGAUGGUUUCGAUAUCAACUAAACUUUUUUGUUGGCAUUUAUUGCUUUAUUAUGAUUUUGGCUGGUACUACUUGACGGAAGCACAGAACACGACUUCCAGCGAUUGGAUUUCUUCGACGCCUAUUAACUACCUUGACAAAGCCACAGCAAAUCUGACGAAUUCUACUGAAGAUGUCUCUCUUACCACUGACUAUACCACUUUGAUGACAACUGAGCCGGCCAUAGAUCUGACGAAUUCUACUGAAGAUGUAUCUCUUACCACUGACUAUACCACUGUGAUGACAACUGAGCCGGUCAUAGAUCUGACGAAUUCUACUGAAGAUGUCUCACUUACCACUGACUAUACCACUGUGAUGACAACUGAGCCGGUCAUAGAUCUGACGAAUUCUACUGAAGAUGUCUCACUUACCACUGACUAUACCACUGUGAUGACAACUGAGCCGGUCAUAGAGUACUUGUGCAUGGAAUCAGAGUGGUGUUUAACAAAGUAAAUUCUUGGAUGACUGAUCACUAGAUAUGAAUAUAUCCGUUUUCCAUUUUGUUGUAUCUCGCAGGGAAACUCUAAAGAAUGUAAAGUAAACGAUAACUAUUCUCAAAA